ACCAGUAAAGCAACAAAAAAAUAAAGCAACAUCACAUACUCACACAAGAACCAGACAGAGUGAGAGAGAGAGAAAAAGAAAAAAAAAACCUUUUCUUCUUCACCAUUGUUAAUGGAGGAGAAAGCUCAUUAAUGAAAGAGAGAAAGAAAAUUGAGCUCUUUACCUCCUCUUCUGGAUCUACUUAGUGUGUGUUGAUAAGCUUUGAGAGAUUUUUCUGUCUUGCAUGUUAUAACUAAACCCUCCAAGUCCAUAUCUUUUAAAAACCUUAUCAAACCCUUAAAGAUUCUGAUUUGCUCUUAUCCCUUUUUAUCAGAUCUUUUUUAUUAGCCGCCACAAAGUUCGAACCUUUAUAAGGUCCCUUUUGUUAAAACAAAAAAAAAAAAUAAAGUCAUAAGCUAUGGAUCGAAGAGACGCAAUGGGUUCUUAUUACAUCCAAAGAGGCAUGCCUGGUUCUACUCCUCCACAGACACAACAACAACAACCCUUUCACGGAUCACAAGGGUUUCACCAUUUCUCAAACCCCAACUCUCCUUUCCUCUCAACCCCAAACCUAAACCAAGUAGGCGUAGGCGGCGGCGGCUCCACUCCCUUCGUGUCUCCCUUCGUGUCUCCUCCUUUACAAGUUGAGUCUUCUCCUGCUGACUCUUCUGCUCCUCCUCCUCCUCCUCAGUCUGGUGAGAAGAGGAAGAGAGGACGGCCUAGGAAAUACGGACAAGACAGUCCUGUUUCCUUGGCAUUGUCUCCUUCAGCCUCCACUUCCCCGAAUUCUAACAAACGUGGCCGUGGUAGACCUCCUGGUUCAGGCAAGAAGCAAAGACUUGCUUCCACUGGUGAAUUAAUGUCUUCAUCGUCUGGGAUGAGUUUCACACCGCAUGUGAUUGCAGUUUCCGUUGGAGAAGACAUUGCAUCAAAGGUUAUGGCUUUUACGCAGCAAGGUCCAAGAGCGACUUGUGUGUUAUCUGUUAGUGGUGCAGUCUCUACUGCAACUAUUCUUCAGCCAUCACCAUCCCAUGGAGCUAUUAAAUACGAGGGUCGUUUUGAGCUCUUAUCUCUCUCAAUUUCUUAUGUGAACGCACCUGACAAUGACAACUCUAACCGCACUGGAAACCUAUCAGUCUCACUCGCUAGCCCUGAUGGUCGUGUCAUUGGUGGUGGAAUUGGUGGGCCUCUUAUAGCUGCAAGCCCUGUUCAGGUUAUAGUUGGGAGCUUCCUUUGGGCAGUUCCAAAAGGGAAGGUUAAAAAAAGAGAUGAAACUUCUGAAGAUGUGCAACAAGACACUGAGGGUUUGGAGAACAAUGAUAACACAGCACCAACUUCACCUCCUCAUGUUCCUCAACAAGGGCUAGUUCAGACUCCUGUAGGGAUGUGGUCAACUGGUUCAAGGUCAAUGGAUAUGCAUCACGCUCAUAUGGACAUUGAUCUAAUGCGUGGAUGAUGAUUCGUAUGUGUAGUAGAUCAAGCAUUGAAUCUAGGAGAAGAAGAAAAGCUAACCUCUCUAAGAAAAAUGUCUUUUGGUUAUGUUUAGGACAAGAAAAGACUUGUAGUGAUUUUCAGAACUCAUGUGUGUUCUUUAGCUUUUGGUUUCUUGAUUGAAUUGCAAAAAAGUUUCAUCUGUUU